AUGCCCGAUACCGGACACUUUGUCGACCACUAUGAGGCUCUCGGUAUUAGCCAAUUCGCCUCAGCGCAAGAAAUCAAGGCUGCGUACCAUAAGCUGAGCCUCCGAUAUCAUCCAGAUAAGAAUGGAGGCACGCAAGAUGCGCACGCAAGAUUUGUUCUCAUUAGAGAUGCAUAUGAAGUUUUGAAAGAUGAAAACACCAGGGCAGACUACGAUGACCAAUACAGAGUGCGAAAAUCCAAAUUUGAGCGGGUCGAUGAGCAUAAUGACUUCUGGGCAACGAUGGCCAGGAAACACCCUAACACACCUAACUUUGGAAGUUCCCACAAGAAGGCCAAAAAGUCUAAGAAGUCCAAGAACGAGCCAGAGCCCAUCCCGUCUCCUCUCACCGACCGAGUAGAUGGCAUGCGGUACUUGGAAGCCAAGGACGGUCUUGACAAGAUAACUACCUCUAUCACAGUGAUGAGAUCUACGAUAGAUGAUAUUGCAAAGCGUCUCAAAAUUGACAGCCUGGAUCCAGAAUCUCAAACAGGCUAUAACAUCUGGAGAAGCCAGAACAACACUAUCGAGUUGGGGAAGCGAGUGCGGGACUUGCGAGGAUUCAUGGCAACACAUUCGCUAGAGACUUGGAAGGCCAGGAACGACAUGGAAAUGGUGCAAAAAAUCAGAGAGACCUCGAGGAUUGUGGGCAAUCUCAUCAUUCACCUACGGCCGUUGCAAGACCUGGCAGCCAAGAUCGAGAUCUGCUCAAGCCCUCUGCCACCUAAUAUACUGCUGGAGCUGGAUAUCGACAUAGCGAAGUGGGCGGAAGAGAUGAGCGAAGUCAUCAACUCAUGA